AAAUUGAUUUCAAUUCGGAACUGAAAACUGCAAGAGCAGGCAGAAAGAAAAUCGACAAUUAAAUGUUGAACUCAAUUGAAUUUCAUUGUACAGCAUUAAGCAGAAGGAGAGCUCUUUGAAUCGUACUACGUUUAGUGUCGUUUCACCCUGAAAUUUUUGGAAAUAGAUUGCGAUGGCGACGUGGGAGUAUUGUGCCUCUCUCUUCGGUCCAUAUUUUGUCAUAUUCAUCGUCUGUAUUGGUCAUACAUCUUUCUUCCUGAUAUCUGUAACCUUGAGUUGGACAUCUCCAGUGCUGGCCAAACUUGGCGAGGCAGAGGACAACCCCUUAGGGAGACCAAUAACCACUGACGAGAGCGAUCUAAUUGGAUCACUGUUCUUCGUUGGAGCCUCAGUGGGACCCUUACUUUUCAUACAUAUAGUGAAGAAGUUUGGACGAAAAAAAGUUUUAGUUUUACUGCUGACCAUUGUGCCUAUAGCUUACGGGAUGUUGAUCUUUGUGAAAAAAGUUGAAUAUUAUUAUCUGUCCAGGAUUCUAUUAGGACUUUAUAGUGGGGCCACACUGAGCGUUGUUCCAGUGUAUUUAUCUGAAAUAAUAGCACCGGAUGAUGUAGCCUUUUUGAUGUCUUUCGAAACCCUUUUCGGUUUCACUGGCAUUCUGAUAACUUAUACUCUAGGGUCCUUCAUUCCAUUGAAGUAUUUCAAUGGGAGUAUUGUAGUAUUUUCAGUAAUCGUUAUAAUCUUGUUGUCGUUUGGGUGUCCAGAAAGCCCUUAUUAUAUGAUGCAAGUAAAAGGAAAAGAUGAGGCCAGACGAGUGCUGAGAAGACUGAGAAAACAAUACAUAGAAAAAGAAUUGGAACACAUAGAAAAAACCAUUGAAAACGAGACGUCGAAGUCCUAUUUCGAAAUUUUCAAGAGUAAGAAGUAUUUCAAAACAAUCAUCUUAGCUACGAUACCACUCCUUCUACAACAAUUCUGUGGUAUCACUCUUAUAGUAACUUACAGCCAGUUGAUCUUUCAAGAGACAAAAUUACCAUUAGCCCCUCACAUAUGUUCUAUAAUUGUCGUUGGGCUUCUGGAAGUGACUUGUUUCCUAGCCCCAACCCUUCUAAAAUCCAAGAGAUUGUCUCUGAAGAACAUCAUGACUUUAAGUUUAGCCGGUACAGCAAUUUGUAACUUAGUUAUAAGUAUUUAUUUUUUCUAUGGAAAAAAUUUACCAGCACUGAAUUGGGUACCACUGGUAAGUUUGAUUCUAUUCGUGGUUUUUUUCAAUUGUGGUAUGGACCCCAUUGCAUGGACUAUACUGGGGCAAACUUAUCCCAGAAAUAUCAGCUUUGUAGGAACUGCUCUUUCUACCAGCGUUUACUUCAUAUCUAUUUUCCCGAUCUUGUAUUCUUUCUAUAAAGUUGAUAUGACUUAUUUAUUUUUAGGUAGUUUCUUUAGUUGUACUUUUGGUGUUAUUUAUGUUAGGUUUAUUUUCGAAGGGUCUGAAAAGAAAGUUGUUGAGGAUAUACAUCUUCAAAAAGCACUGAUUUGAUUUCAGUCAAUAAAAGAGUUUUGCUCUAUAAAAGGUUGAGAGUUAUGCUAGAAAUCUUAUAGGCAGCCAUGUGUUAAUUAAUGUUGAUAUAAUUUCAUUACGUUAUAGUAAGUUGACUUCAAGAACAUUUUCAUAUGAAAUAAAAUGAAAUUUUUUAA